CCCGGUGACUGACAGUUUGGCAUGAGGGCCGACGGGGGCUGGGCGACCCUUUUCCCCCUUAGCCUCUCGACAACGACAACGGGCCGCCGCCGCCGCGCUCGCCAUGAUGAUGGAGUCGCUGCGAGUGCAGCGGCUGCAGCCGGGCGUCGGGGGCACGCUGCGCUCGCUGCGGCCUGGCGUGACCGCGGGGGCGACCCUCCCGGCCGCCUCUGCUCCGCCACUGCCGCCUCCCCCGCCGCCGCUCGGGCUGUCGCUCACCUUGGGCCCGCCGCCGCCGCCGCCGCCCCUGCCGCCUCUCCCGCCGCCGCUCUUGCCCAGCGUGACAGCCGGCUCCAGCUCCCCGGGGGCGGCGGCGGCAGCGGCAGCAGCAGCGAUGUCGGCGGCGACCAGCACCAGCACGGGGCCGCCCGCCGUGCUGAGGGAGGCCGUCGAGGCUGUAGUCAGGAGCUUCGCCAAGCACACGCAGGGAUACGGCCGCGUCAAUGUUGUAGAAGCUCUUCAGGAAUUCUGGCAGAUGAAACAGUCGCGUGGUGCUGAUCUGAAAAAUGGUGCUUUGGUGGUUUAUGAAAUGGUCCCAUCCAGCAGUCCUCCUUACAUCUGCUAUGUCACUUUGCCAGGAGGAAGCUGUUUUGGCAGUUUUCAGUUUUGUCCAACCAAAGCUGAAGCCAGGAGGAGUGCAGCAAAAAUUGCACUGAUGAAUUCAGUGUUCAAUGAACAUCCAUCCCGGAGAAUCACAGAUGAGUUUAUUGAGAAGAGUGUCUCAGAAGCUUUGGCGUCUUUCAAUGGCAACAGAGAAGAAGCAGAUAAUCCAAGCACAGGCAUCGGUGCUUUCCGUUUCAUGUUGGAGUCAAACAAAGGAAAGUCCAUGUUAGAGUUCCAGGAGCUGAUGACAGUCUUCCAGCUGCUGCAUUGGAACGGCAGUCUGAAAGCUAUGCGGGAGAGGCAGUGCUCGCGACAGGAAGUGCUGGCUCACUACUCCCACCGUGCUCUAGAUGACGAUAUAAGGAACCAGAUGGCGAUGGACUGGGUCAAUCGGGAGCAAACCAUCCCUGGGGCCCUUUCCAGGGAGUUGGCCUCGACAGAGCGGGAACUGGAUGAAGCCCGGCUGGCUGGGAAGGAGCUGCGGUUCCACAAGGAGAAGAAAGACAUCCUGAUGUUGGCAGCUGGCCAGCUGGGGAACCUGCAUGCUUCCAACUGUUAAGGACCCCAGAAAGCUCUUCAGUUUCCCUUCCCUGCCCCCUCCCCACAACUCACUUGCUAAGGGAGUCCGACCUAGAGGAGUUACAAAUCUGAGAGGAGGGAAAAUAUUUAACCAGAUGCUCCUAAUUUGCUUCGACAUUUUUCUAACAUUCUCAGUUGUGCAGCAUCCUGUUUGGAUUUUGGAGGUUUUAGUCUAAUCUGGUUGUAAAGUGUUGAGAUUUGGCAAGUAAAUAACUUAAAUUGCCUCCUCCCCCCCCCACCAGUUUUAAGUAUGCUUCAGUUGGAGAAAAACAUCUCAGUCUGAAUUUUCAAUUUUUGCCACAUUGAGUUUGUUCAGGAUCUAGCUUCAGUUCCAACCUGAACCACUAAAGAGUGUGCACAGAUGUCUUUUUUUUAAGAAUAGAGGCCCAUUUGCACAUUUUAAAAAAUUUGUUAAAAAAAUCUGUAUAGAUUUUAUACUUGGAUCUCAAUUAUCUUUCUCUCUCUCUGCUAGAGAAUUUCUUAUGACUCGAUAUAGAGCACAUUUUUAAAUGCAGCCUUUUUGGUGUUAAAUAGACUAACACUUACUUAGUCCUCGAUUCUAUCAGGUACUGUACAGUCAACAGUAUUAAGUGGAAAUGUAGCAUUGCCAAGAGAAUACCAGCUUUGCCAUGGAUACACUGCAUAAUCAUGUGUUAGUUAGGCAAAUGUAUUCCUGCAGUUUACAUACUUCAGUGUACUCUUCCUCCCCAUGCCACCUGAAAAGCACAGCACUUAAAACACUCCUUUUCAUUAUUCUCUAACUACUGUUAAGGUUUCAAUUUAGUUGGCAUCUUGUUCCGGCUCAUGUCUCAGUUCCAUACGGUGGAAGCAGACAGCUUGAGGUUCCCUAAUGCGGCAAGUGAUGGGGUGUCUAGAUACGCAGUGGCUACAUCACUGUAAGCCAUAAUUCAUGGAUGUGCAGAUGGCUGUCACUUCACUCCUCCCUAGCACAAGUGGAAGCAACAAACCACAAUCCCUGGCAUAGCGUUACAUUUGAAAUGGAGAUUUUUGGUUUGGUUUGCUCCAGUGUGGUUGCUUGUUUUUAUCUCUCAUUUGUACCAGACAAGCGAUCAAAUUGCUUCACAGAUGGCUUAUGUUCUGUCUGAGCCAGGUUUGAGGUAGUUACAGGAGUUAUCCUGGCUCAGCUUAAUGGGGAGCUCCUAGACUUUGGCAUUUUCCUGUCUCCCUGCUUGCCUCGUGUAGGGGGAGGUAGUUAGACAUGCUGCUUGUAAGGUGCUUGGCUGAAACCCCCCCCCCCAUAACUCUGAAACAUUUCCUUUCCCAUGCCAACUCAACCUCCCUGAUGCAUGCAAGACCCUUUGAUUGGGUUCAAGAUGGCAUAGGCCCAUCCUGAGUUAAAGAGGGAAGCCAAUGAAAUGCGAAAUGACUUUGUUAUCAAGGUUGUGUGUGUCUUCAUACCAGAGUCCUGGAUUCUGUUGACCCCAGAGAAGAGUCAGCAUACAUGGUGCAGUCUACACACCAAUAGAGCAGUCUCGUGUGUCUUGGGAAACUGCAUUGGCACAGUAAUAUGUGAGAUCAUACAAUAACUAGAGCUACUUGUUUGUAAAAUGCACAACAUUCCAACAACUGUCUAUAAUUGUGCAGCUGCAAGGGGAAAAUAGCCUCUUUGAGCAACAUUAGAAAGUUACAAAACAUUUAUAGAACACAGAUUAUAUAUUAUAUGCAUGUACUUUUUUUAAAAAAAGAGACCAACUAGGAGCAGGACUCUUACAUGGCAGCACUACUAUUAGAAAGUUCCUUGAAGUAAGCUUCAGAGGCAGAGGUGCUCCGCAGAGCAUGUGUAGUGGGCGUGAAGGAAAACUGCUGUACACAAAAGGGAAAAGUGUGUCAGACAGCCAGAAGCCGGAUCACUCAUCUGCACUAUGAGCAGAGCACUGUGUGUUCUGUAUCUGACUUUGUUCCAUCUGCUUGAUAAAGAACUGCCUUCCAAUCACCUCCCUUAAGAUUUGGGGUUAUAAGACAGUAUUGUGAACUAGCAAAAUAUGUUUAAGGAUAAGGAACAGUAAACACUAAAGGGAAAAAAGUUUAGGUUACAGGAGAAACCAGGGAUCGCAAGAGUACUGAACUGUGACACUUUUAUGUAAGCUUUCUGAGUAGCAGUGCAGUCCUAUAUACGCCUACUCAGAAAUGAGUUCUAUUGAGUUCAUUGGGGUUUACUUUCCCAUUUAAGUGGGUAGAGGAUUGCAACUUUAAUUGAGCUUGCUUAAGGUACAUUUCUAGAGUAUUUAAGAUAACGUACUUACCACCUAACACUUUUAAUAUCUUAAGUUGGUGUUGUAGCAGUAUAUUCCAAUUUUCAGUGCAUAAUUCUAGGUGAAACGGGGAUUCUAAUCUUUAUUAAUUAUGAACACAGCUAGGGGGUGAUAGUUACGCCAGAUUGACAGGAAGAACAAUGUAAUCAUUUGUGCAUAUGGCAUUGACUAGAUUUUUAAAAUGGCAUUAGGAACCUAGCAGUAAUAAUUCUGUCUCUGAGCUUUAUGUAGUUUACUUAUGGGGGGGAAACAUACUGGGAAGCACAAGUAUAGGACUGUGUGAUUUUAGGGGAGAGGGAAGGCUAGGUUUUGACCAUUUUGAGUGUUUCGUAUCCCAGAUUUUCAAGGUCUGGUCUGGCUUUCCAUGAAUCCUGUUGCAUCUUAACCCAUGUGCAACAGGAUUUCUGCAGCCUCGGGAUUGCUUGUCAUGGUUACACUUUAAAAGCAUCAUUUAAAUCAUUUCACUCAUCAUUUACAGGAUAGAAUGAGAAGUCUUUUAAUCAGAACAUCCUGACUGCCUUUCUGGUCUUGACAUUGGACGUGGAAAAUUAUUUGUAGCUGGGGUGGGGGGAAUGAGGAGAGGUAGAAGAAAGUAUCUCCAUAUUUUCUCCCCACCCCACCGCAGGCGUCACACUGUGAACAAACCUCUUUCUGCUGAAAGGAAAAUAGCCUGGCUUCCCGUAACUCCUGUUGUUGCCAAUAGGAACUCAUUUUGUGAUAUAAUGUGCUUACAGUAAUAAUUCUUCUGAUGGAAGAUAAUGCUCCAGAUGUUUGUUUCCAGGAACAAUGGAGCUAGAUGACCUGUGUACAAGGACUCUAUUUUUGCUAGAUUAUGCCUUGAGUUGAUACUGCCUUGAUCAACUUGCCUUGUUCAGCAGUCAAAGGGCAAAAGAUAUUUAAUAGAAAACAACUGCAAUACUGACAGCUCUAUAUAGCAAUGUGUAGAAGGUGAAACAGCAAAUUGCUUCACUGGGUUCUUUGUAAUUUUUGCAUGAAUACCUUUCAUCUCAACUGGCAUUUGCAUCUAAAAGGAUGGUAGUCCUAACGUGUGUGUGUGUGUGUGUGUGUGUGUGUGUGUGUGUGUGAGAGAGAGAGAGAGAGAGAGAGAGUGAGUGUGUGUGAGAGAGUGUGUGAGUGUGUAUGAGUGUGAGAGUGUGCGUGUGAGAGAGUGUGUGUUUGUGUGUGUGAGAGAGAGAGAACCGUUAAUGCACUUCUGUGGACUUUGUGUACUGCUUAGGAACGCAGUUAUAUACGGGACUAGGAAUUGGGCACUUCAGGAAAUGUGGAACACUUUGAAUUAGGCAUUGGAAGCUGAAGGCAAAAGAGUUAGGGGUACACACACAGAUAUACACACAUACAGUUCCUCAGACCCCUGACCAGUGCUCUCAUAUUACUGAAUUACAAAUGGUACAUUGUAAUUUUGUUCUGUAUCAUAUUUUAUUUUGAAACACUGAAACUCAAAAUCAAUACUGUAAAGUGACAUCGGUUUUAUGUUGGGAAAUGCAAGAAUGAUAAACUGAAAUAUGUUGCUUGCAUAAGUAUACAACCCCUGUGCUGUGGAAGCUCCCAGUACACAGAUGGAAGAAAUUGCCUAUCAAGGACACAGUUACCUUACCAUUUGCCUCCACCUGUGAAGCAUUAAAGUUGCUGUCACAUGGUCAGGAUAAAACCCCCACUGUGGCAGGAUCAUUGGUGAGGUUGAGGGUCUGAAGGAAAAUGAAGACCAAAGAGCAUUCUACUGAAGUGAGAGAUAAUGUAAUACCAAUGCACAGAUUAGGAAAAGGGUACAAGACAAUAUCCAAGUGUUUGGAUAGCCCAGUGAGCACAGUUGGAUCAAUAAUCAGGAAGUGGAAGCUGCAUCACACCUCCCAGGCACUGCCAAGAAAAGCGCUCAAACAAGAAGGAGACGUGAGAGAAGCCACAGAGAGGACAACAAUCACUUUGAAGGAGCUACAGAGUUCAGUGGCUGGGAGUGGAGUAAUGUGGAUCAGUCAACCAUAUCAGGAGCUCUGCAUAACACUGGCCUGUAUAGGAGAGUGGCAACAAAAAGUACCAUCUGAAAGCAUAGCUGGAGUUUACCAGAAAGCAUGAGAGUGCCCCAGCUGUGAUGCAGGAAAAAAGGUUUUGUGGUCAGGUGAGACCAAGAUAGCGCUUUUUGGCCAAAACUCAAAGCGCUAACCUAACACUGCCCAUGUCUCAAGACACAUCAUCCCUACAGUGAAGUGUGGUGGUAGCAUCAUGCUGUGGGAAUGCUUCUCAUCAGUAGGGACUGGGCACCUUGUUAAAAUCAAAGGAAGAAUGGAUGGAGCAAAAUACAGGGAAAUACUGCAAGAGAACCGGCUUCAGUCCACUAAAAAAACUUAAGUUUGGGAGGAAAUUCACUUUUCAGCAGGACAAUGAUCCCAAGCAAAAGACCAAAGCAACAUUAGACUGGCUGAAGAACAAAAAGGUGAAUGUCCUACAGUGAUACAGUCAAAGUCCUGAUCUCAAUCCUGUUAAGAAUCUGUGGCGCUCUUUGAAAAUUGCCAUCCACAAGUGAUGUCCAACCAACCUGAGCGACCUGGAGCGAAUCUGCCAAGAAUGGGCCAAAAUCCCUCCAACACUGUGCAAAGCUGGUACAUACCUACUCUAAAAGACUUAAAAGCUGUUAUUGCAGCGAAAGGUUGCUCUAUCAAAUAUUAAUGUGGGGUGUGUGUGUUGAAGACUUGUACAAGCAACAUGUUUCAGUUUUUUAUGUUUCUUACAAACAUUUCCCAACAUAAAACCAGUAUCACCUUACAAUAAUUAAUUUUGCGUUUAAGUGUUUCAAAAUAAAAUAUACAGAACGAAAUUACAGGGUACCAUUUGUA